ACAGAGUACUUUAUGUAUUUUACAAACUUAAAACAUAAAAGAAUUGAUAAUAUCUUUGAUAAAUAUUUAAAAUUUGUUUUCUGUAAUCAUUGAGAACGUGAGUAAAUGUGUUUGGCCCAGUUGCGAUAAGAUAAAAUUGCUGUAAGUUUUUAGAACUUGUGUGGAAAAGUCAUACAUUUACGCGGAUUUGCAUUUUAUGUAAAUAAGUACCUUUGGAGCAAUUUAUAAAAAUACAACUCAAUUGAUGUCGAUGCGGAUCAUAGAAUAUUUCCCAUUUCUCGUGUUAUUUGCGCUUGCGAAGGCAGACAUGGAUUUAAAAGCACUCUCCUCAUCGGUCGCCCAAUUCUCGGCCAAGUUUUGCAAUGAACUAGACAAAACCAAAAGUGUGGUAUCAUCCCCACUGUCUGCAGAGUUUGUUCUGGCUCUCUUGACUCUGGGCACCACUGACACUGCACACGAGGAACUGCUUACUUCUUUGGGUAUUCCCAAUGAUGAUGCGAUUAGAUCAUCAUUUUCAUCAUUGUCAACAAAACUCAAGGCAAUAAAGGGAGUGACACUUAAUGUGGCCAACAAGGUGUACAUCAAGGAGGGGGCUUAUGAGCUAGUCAAAGAGUUGGAGGAAGACGCUGUGAAAGUAUUUGAUGCAGCCAUUGAGAAAAUAAACUUUGGUGACAGCGCUGCUGCUUCGAAUCUCAUUAACAAAUGGGUUGAACAAAAAACAAAUGAAAAAAUCAAAGAUUUGCUGAGUCCUGAUAGCGUGAACGAUGACACGCGUCUCGUCCUUGUCAACGCCUUAUAUUUCAAGGGUUCUUGGAAGAAGAAGUUCGAUGCAAGGGCCACUAGAGAUCAGCCCUUCUACCUCAAUGCUGAUACCAAAGUAGAUGUUCCUAUGAUGUACAAAGAGGAUGAUUAUAAGUAUGGACAAAGUGAAGAGUUGAAGGCUCAGCUUCUAGAGAUCCCGUACGAAGGCGAAUCGGCUAGUAUGCUGAUCGUCCUGCCCAACGACAUAACCGGCCUGGACGGUGUGCUGCAGAAGUUGGCCGGCGGCUACGACCUGAUGGCCGAACUCGACAAGAUGUGGAGCACCAAAGUGCAGGUCACGAUGCCCAAGUUCAAGAUCGAAACUGAGAUCGACUUAAUGUCUGUUCUGCCUAAGCUGGGGAUUAAAGCCAUCUUCGACAGCAGCAAUUCGGGUUUGACAAAGAUCCUAAACAAUAACGAGAGUUUAUACGUUUCAAAGGCUGUCCAAAAGGCCUUUAUCGAGGUCAACGAAGAGGGAGCAGAGGCUGCCGCCGCUACCGCAAUGGGGAUCGCAUUAUGCUGCGCGAUCCUCGACCCGCCCCCGACCCCGCGUUUCGUCGCCGACCAUCCGUUUUUGGCGGCCAUCGUUGUCGACGGCACUCUAUAUUUUAUGGCAACACAGCGCGGUAAUUAGAAAUCGUACGAAAAAUGUCGAAGCGACUUGAAAAACAUGGCAAUUAAAAUAUUGUUGUUACUUGAAUUAAGGAACUGAUUAACUCAUUCUGUUAACUGCUGUUCUCGGUAAGACAGAAUAUUGAUUGCCUGAAAUAAAAUAACAACAAAUACGUAAGAAAACCAAAGUAAAAUCUUACAUUUAGUUAACUACACUUAUCUCUGUUUAGAGUAUAAAUUAGAGUAUAUGGAAUGUAUUUAUUUUAUAUGAGAAAUCAGUACAGUUCACUAAUAGUAGCAUUUACUAUGUUAAUAUUUUUGUACAAAUUUAAUUCUUUUGUUAGACAUGACAUUCAUACCUACAGAAGGUAGCAUUUUAUUUAAAGACUUUUGUAACCAUAAUAUUGAGAUACACAUAGAUAUUUUUGUACACCAGUGAUAUUUAAAAUGUUAAUGCCUUAUUAAAUUGACACAAAUAUUUACUAU